AUGGUCAUUAUCCCCACAGUCAACAAUGACAGUAGAAAUACCACAACCAUUCUUAUAGCAAGCUUUGGCACUACAAGAAGGUCCCUCAUACGUGAUCGCCGGCACGUUGGCAUGACUGUCAUUGAGAUCCGUGGUCUGUCACGUGGAAGAGGUGUGAUGAAGGGUUUAGCGUCUAUGCCACACUUACGGGAUUUUCCUUACACUAUCGGUAGUAUCUUGAUCGCACUUAUUGUUGUUGUUGAUGCGACGCAAACGCCCUCCUGGCCGUCGUGUUCCACUCGGGCCUCGUCUACCUCCUCCGCACCCACGACGACCUCACGCCCGUGGUCGUCAGAACGGGACUCAGGGGCAUUCAGGUGGAGUGGACCAACUCCGGAGAGGUGCUGGCCGUGGCGGGGCAUCUUCCCGACGAGGGCUGCAACACGUCGGCACGGCCACACCCACGGUCAGGAACGUGGUCAAGUUCUACACGAGGGGCGGCUCCUUGCGGUACACGCACCACCAUCACCGCUGUGUCAGAACCCGGUCACCGCCCUCACCUGGGGCCACAACGACAAGAGGGUCUUCGUGGCAACGGGCGCCCAGCUGCACAUCGGGCGUGUGUCGAGGCGUGUGGCGUCGUUGCAGCUGCUCUGUCGCCUCGCCAUCAAGAGCAGGGUGUCGGAGGAAGACAAAGUGGCGAAGUUACCCCUGCCGAGGAGGCUGAGGGCGCUGGUGACGUCACUGUAUACUCAGACGAUAAGGUGUUACAUCCCCGAGACGCGGCAGCUCCGGGACUUCGUGUCUCGCCCUCCCUGCAACAGCCAGAGGUUGCACUGCACGAUGAUCCGCCACGACGAGGACCUCAUCCCCACCCCCGGCGCCUGCUACACGCUCUACCUGGAGUACCUGGGGGGCCUCGUGCCUCUCCUGAAGGGCAAGAGGACCUCCAAGAUCCGGCCAGAGUUCGUCAUCUUCGACCCGCAAGUUGACGAAGCCAUGAACAAAGAGAACGGCGACAGAUCGUGCGGAGGCGUGGGCGUGGGCGUCGGUGUGGGCGGCGUGGUCAACGGACACCCGGUUCUGAGCGACACUUCGGACACAGAAUACGAAGACAUGUGCGCGUCGCCGAGGUUGCAGAGGCGGAGGAAGCUCAAGCGAAGAAUAAGGGAACGGUUAGAGAGCGAGACCGACGAACUCGUUUAUUUGGAUACGCUGCCGGAGCAACACCGCCUCGUCGAAGUGACCUCCAACAUCUGGGGCACCAAGUUCAAGCUGCACGGGGUCGCCUCUUCCCUGCCGGCGAACCUAGGUCAGAUCACCUACAAGACCUCGCUCCUGCACCUCCAGCCCCGCCAGAUGACCUUGGUGAUCACGGAGCUCCGGGAGGACAUUCCGCCGCGACCUGACCCGACCUUUAACCCCAAUGUGUUUUCGGAGGACGAGGAGGAUCUCGGGGAGCGCCUCGCCUCCCGGAGGGCGCCCGACCUGCCCUCGGACGUGCCGCCCAUCGCGCCCAUGACGCCCCGCCGGACGCCCUCCUCCUACUCGCGCCAGGGCCUCCACACCAACCUCUGGGACGCCCCCACGCCCGCGCCCGCGCCCAUCCCGCCCCCGACGGAGCUCGCGAGCGUCGAGGGCAAGCUGGAGGGCGAGGGCGACGGGGGCGGGGGCGGGCUGGAGGGCGUGGUGCUGGACGGCAGCGGCGGCGCGGCGCUCCUGCGCGAGCUGGAGGAGCACCCGUACGUCGACCUGGCCACGCCCGAGAUGCUGCAGCUGCGCGACGGCCUGCGGGCGGAGCUGCGCGGCGAGGCGCACGCCCACCACGCCCUGGCGCCCACGACCGCCAGCGCCGCGCCCACCACCAACCACCACAGCCAGCCCGAGGCGCACGUGUUCUCCCUGGUGCGCAGCUCGGCGCCGUCCAGCCCCAAGCACUCCGUCAGCCACUUCUGCUGCGACGCCGGCACGCUGCAGUCGCCCAAGAACAUCGUGGCGCCCAUCGUGACGCGCCACUCGACCGCCGCCAGCGCCGCCCUCCUCGAGAUCGGCGGCGGCGAGGUGGGGCUCGUGGGCGGCGCGCGGGCGGGCAUCAAGACCUCCUCCCCCGUCGUCGCCGCCUCCGGGGCCGGCAGGACGACCUCCUCGUCGUCGUCGUCGUCGUCGUCGUGCGCCUCGUCCAGCGCCCCGCCCAGGCACGAGGAGCUGCGCCUGGUGAGCUCCGACAACGCGCUCCUCCUGCACCACUUCGCCAGCAGCGCCCCGCCCCCUCCCUGCCCCCCCACCCCCGCCGCCAGCGCCGCCUCCACAACCUCUCUUUAUAUUAGAGAAAAUUAA